GCGAGAAACGGGGAGGCCGCGGCUCGCUGCGCCAAUGAGCGGCGGAGGGGGCGGGGCCACGCCCGGAAGCGGCGCGGGGCGCGGGGGCAGCAGCGGCGGCAGCGGCGGCACCGGCGGUCGGGAGAAACCGCAGCGAUGUCGGAACGGAAAGUGCUGAACAAAUAUUACCCCCCGGACUUCGAUCCGGCCAAGAUCCCGAAGCUGAAGCUCCCGAAGGACCGUCAGUACGUGGUGAGGCUCAUGGCCCCCUUCAACAUGAGGUGCAAGACGUGUGGGGAGUACAUCUACAAGGGCAAGAAGUUCAACGCCCGCAAGGAGACGGUGCAGAACGAGUCCUACCUGGGGCUGCCCAUCUUCCGCUUCUACAUCAAGUGCACGCGCUGCCUGGCUGAGAUCACCUUCAAGACAGACCCCGAGAACACGGAUUACACCAUGGAGCACGGCGCCACCAGGAACUUCCAGGCAGAGAAGCUCCUGGAGGAGGAGGAGAAGAGGAUGCAGAAGGAGAGGGAAGAGGAGGAACUCAACAAUCCCAUGAAGGUCCUGGAGAACCGAACCAAGGACUCCAAGCUGGAGAUGGAGGUCCUGGAGAACCUGCAGGAGCUGAAGGAGCUCAACCAGCGCCAGGCCAACGUGGAUUUUGAGGCCAUGCUGAAGCAGUACAAGGAGCUGGAGGAGGAGCAGAGGCGCAAGGAGCAGGAGGAGGACGAGCAGGAGAUGAAGGCCAUGCUGGAACAGGCCCAGAACCGCCGGCUCCUGGUGGAUUCCGACUCUGACGAGGAAGCGGCAAAACCCCUCCCCAAUCCCACAGCCCGGACAAAACCCACGGACAUCCUGCAGGAGGACCCCCAGCCCCAGAGCAAGAAGCCGAGGACGGAGAGCUGGGAGCGCAGCGUGGGCAAGCUCAGCACCAAGGCCCAGCUGGCCGGGCUGGUGGCCCGCAGGAAGCAGAAGGCAGAUCCUGCCCUGGAUAACGGGCUGGAAACCCGAGGCACCACGGCCAACACCGGCUCGCUUCCAGCAGCAGCAGCAGCAGCAGCCACGUCCUCGCUGGGCUUGUUGGGAGCCUACUCAGACAGUGAGGACAGCACCAGCGACUGAGAGCCGGCGGGGCAGGGACAGGGACAGGGCAGGGACGGGACUGUCCCCGCUCCCUGCUGCUCCUGCAGCCCCACACCGAGCUGGCAGCACAGCCAGGGGCACGGGGAUCCCGCUGCCACCUCCUGCCGUGCAGCAGCAGCACAGGGAAGGCGUUUUCCCUGCAGCAGGAACCCCCGGCAGCGUGUCCCAGCCCUGCUCCCAGGGUGUGUUUGGAAGUGCCAGGGCUGGACAGGACUCUGGUGUGUCCCUUCUGGGGGUGCCACUGCCCUCAGCCCUGCAGUGAUCGUGCCCAGCUCGGGUUCAGGUCGGGUUUAGGGUGUCCUGUUUCCCCCCAGCAGGGAGGGGACCUUGGAGCUGUCCUUCCCACGGGGUGCAGGGGUAGGUGGGCACUCAGCCCCCCUCCUCUUCACCACCAGCUGGUUCUGUCCCGGGGUGUCUCAGAUGCCACCUUUGCACACACCCAGGGGCUCCUGCAGCCCCUCACUGCGGGGACAGGGCUGUCCUGACACCACCAGCCCCCCCAGAUGUCCCCCACAAAUCGGGGACAAAUCCCUCCCCGCCGUUCAGGCUCCAGCAGCCACAAGUCCGGAAUAAACGGGAUCUGGCAGAGCCAGAUCAGAGCUUCA